AUGAUUGUUGAGACUACGAAAUUUAGUGCGACUACUAUUCAUUUGGAACAUAUCACCACUGCUUUGGAUUGUUUAAUGCCAUUUGGUGAUAAUGAUGCAUUGAUUUAUGUUGAUAAGGAUGGUUUGUCCUUUGUUAGGGAAUGUACAAGUGUGAUAAGGAUCCAGUUGUAUCUGUCAAAGGAAUUAUUUGUUACCUAUCUUUACGAUGAAGAUGAAGAUGAGGAUGGAGAAGGGGAUGGAGACGAUUAUAUGAAGCUUAAAGUUCAUCUAAGUCAUAUUUUGAAUAGUUUUAAUGUUGUUAAUCGUAACAACGACGAUAUUAUUGAAUGUACAAUGUCCUAUAAUGGUGAUGGACACCCUUUUGUUUUAAUAUUUGAAGAUUCAUUUAUAUCUGAGAAAGUUGAAUAUAAUACUUAUUCGACAGAAAAUACAGACGGUGCAGCUUUGGAAUUAAAUAGACAAAGGAUUACUUUUGAAUGUAUCUUGAAGGGUGAUAUUCUUUAUACAGUCUUGAAAGAUUUAAAGGAAAUCGGUACUGAGGAAUAUUAUAUAUAUGUGAAAACUUCAAAGGACUAUAACAAAAAUAUUUUUGCAAUAAUAUCGAAAUCUUCGAUGGGUUAUUCAAAAUUUAAAUUUCCUGUUAACAGAUCUAUAAUAGAAAAGUUGCAGGUAUUCGAUAGUGAUUCGACAACCAUAUUAUAUGACGAACCUAUAAUAGGUGUAUUUAAUAAGUCAUCGUUUGAUAAGAUUAGAAUGAGUACAAAAAUUGCAAGCAAAGUUUUACUUAGAAUGGAUGACAAUGGACUACUAAGUGUAAAUAUAUUGAGUCAAACUGAAGAUUUCGUGUUAGAUGAAAACACAAGAACCAAAAAUAGUAAUAACGAUAAUAAUAAUAAUAAUAAUAAUAAUUUUAAUAAAGGACCAAAUGCACAAUUACCAAAAGAUUAUCCUGGAAUUGUGAUCGAGAUAAGUAUGCUAGGGUCAGCACUUUUUGAUGAUGAUGUCCACACCAACAUUUGCUCAUUGAUGGAUGAGGAUACGAUAAAUUCUGACAGAUCUACGAGCAGAGUUAUAGAUCAAGGAUCUGGUGGUAAUGACGACACCCAUGACGAGAACAUCCCGUCUACAAAUGAUAUACCAUUGUUCUUUUGA